AUGGUUCCGCUGCCGCUGGAACUGGCGGAGGCCCGAGUGCUGGUCAGCCAGGUGGGCGGAACGGCGACGCUAAAAUGGAAGGGCGUCGGGGAGCUGACCGACGCUGACGGCUUCAUCCUGCUGCGGCUGUCGGGCGCCUAUCGCGGCCGGGUCUGCGGCCUCUGCGGCAACUUCAACGAGGACCCGGGGGACGAUCUGCUGCUGCCCGGCGGCCAGCAGGCCAAGGACCCGAAGCCCUUCACGGAGGCGUGGGCGCGGCCCGAGGCCGGGUACCAGAGCUACUGUGGCGCGCGUUGCCGGCCCUGCCCGCCCAGGCCCGCCGGAACCGGCGCGGCGUUUGACGGGCCCCGGGCCUGCGGGCUCCUGGAGCGACCGGACGGGCCCUUCGCGGCCUGCCACCACCACGUGGCCCCGGCCCAGUUCGUGCAGCGCUGCGCGGAGGAGCUGUGCGCCACGGCCGGCCACCCCAGCUCGCUCUGCAGAGGCCUCCACGCCUACGCCGUCGCCUGCCGGGGGGAGGGAGCCCCGCUCGGGCCUUGGAGGAACAGCAGCCUCUGCCCUCUGAGCUGCUCCCCGGGGACACUGUCCACCUCCUGCUUGCGGCCCCAGCAGACCUUGUGCGCCUCGGGCGUCUUCCCAGCUGGGAUCCCGAUAGAGUGCUUCGAAGGCUGCGAGUGUCCCGCGGGGACCCUGGCCGAGGCCGGAAACUGCGUGCCCUCCACCGCCUGUGGUUGCAUCCACCAGGGCCGCUACCUCCAGGUCGGGGAAGAGAUCAUGAACGGUGACUGCACGGAGCACUGUCGCUGUGCCAAGGACUCCGACCUACAGUGUGAGCAGCACCACUGUGAGCCCAGGACGCUGUGCGGUCUGAGGGCCGGAGCCCGCGGCUGCCUGGUCCCCGAGGCCUCGUGCGCCGUGGGGCAGCGGGGGAGGCAGCUGACGACGUUCACCGGCGCCCAAGUGGCUCUGCCCUCUGGUACCUUCCAGCUGGCCGCCCGCUGCCAUGGCAACGCCACGGCCUGGUUUCGCGUGGUCAGCGAGGUCAAGCGCUGCGAGAGGGAAGUGAUCCCCUCGCUCAUCGCCUAUGUAUUCGUGCCUGAAGGCUUAGUGGUGAUGCAUCACGGACGGGGCAUCUUGGUCAACGGCCUGGAAGUGACGCCCCCGACCUGGGUGUCCCCGUCUGUGUCCCUGAGCCUCGCCCCCGAAGGGGCCUUCGUGCUGCGCCAGGCCGGGGGCGUCCGCGUGCAGCUCGGGGAGGCGCUGGAGAUGGAAGUGUCCGUCCCACUGAGCGCCAGCGGUUCCCUCUGCGGCCUGUGCGGAGAAAACAUGGCCGAGACCCCCACGCUGAGCAUGUGGUCGGCCAAGGACCUGCAGAUUUGCUCGAUUUCUCUCUGGAAGUCCUAAGGUGCAGGGCCUGGCACCGAAGAGUCGCCGCCGCCGCCAGACACGCCACCCCUUCCCUCACGAGGCGAUUCCUCCCCCAGCCGUGACCCAACCCGACUGCAACAUCCCCUCCCCCAGCGCAAUAAACGUGCAAGCCGGUGGAUGUCUGGCGCAGUCUUUAUUGGAGUUGGGAGCCUCGAAUCCCCCUGCCCCGCUUCUCCCCUUGUGCCACUUCCCUUCCCUCUGUCCUUCUGCCACUUCCCUUUUCUGUAGGAACGUGGGCGCCUUCGUGUCCACCUCGCUCCCACUGCAGCUUCCUCUAGGCAGCCCGGCCCACACCCCGCCCCACCUCCAGUCUGGCCGCUGCCCGCAUCGCAUAGCACAUCGCAGAGGGAGCUGGGCGGGAGGGGCUUCAUCCUAGAUUGCCCCUUUGAUCCCCUCCACCCGCCCACCGAAGCCGAGUGCUGCCCCUUCUCUCCCCGCGGCAGGGGGAUGGCUGGCCUGGGCCCGCGACGGGCCGAGGGCGCUGGCGGGGUCCCCGGGAACCCAUCUCAAUACGGGGCACUCGGCGGGCGCUGAGCUUCGGGCCCCAGACCACAUCCUGGACAGAACAGGGUGGGGCCGGCGGCCGGGCCUGAGGGUUCCAGGGCGAGGGACGGGGGGAGGAGGCCGGGACCCCUGAGUCUGGG